ACUCAAAAGGACGGUUCAUUCACGAAUCGGACACCGCUAAAGGACAAUGGAGUCGGAUGUACCGGAGUCAAAUCGAAAUCUACAGCGAAUGUGUCCUAUUCGGAUUAGUCAGAGUUGUGAAACGGAUGAGUGGACGAACAUCAGUGUUAUAUCACCGCAGUGCGCUGUUUUCUGAUGACUAGCUCGCGCUUUCAAGUGUCAUUAGCAGAGGUUCCUUGCUGUAAAGACCUAACGUUACUACUGCUUCGUGUCCCGGGCUUCCCCCUGAACAAUAAGGGCUUCAUGUGAUUUUUAUGGCACUGAACAUUUCAGAAGCUCCUUAUACAAUGUCUGAAGUCAGUAUUGGACGGAAAAAAGAAAAGUGUGAGAAUUGCACUAAACAGUGCAACAAAAAAAAGAGUGAUAAAGGUAUAAACUCGCUGCAGGAGAAAGGUGUUGCCACUGGAGAGGUGAAAGAGUCUACCUCAGUUCAGCAGGUGUUGCUGAGCGCGUGUCUGUCCUGUGACGGCUGCGUAUCGGAGGACGAAGGCCAGAAAAUCUCUCAGCAAAAUCUGGAAGAGAUCAACCAUGUGCUUGCCCUCAAUAAGAAAUGUGACACUUCGAAGCACAAAAUUCUCGUGGUGUCUGUGUGUCCCCAGUCGCUGCCAUUUUUUGCUAUUAAAUUUCAGCUGGAUAUUCCAACAGCUGCAAAGAAACUCUGUGGCUUCCUAAAGAGUGUGGGGGUUCAUUAUGUCUUUGACACUUCAGUAGCUGCAAGUUUUAGCAUUUUGGAAAGCCAGAGAGAAUUUGUUCAGCGUUACCGUCGUAAACAUCAUGAUUCUAAUGCCAUGCCAAUGUUCACAUCCUCAUGUCCAGGAUGGAUUCGCUAUGCAGAGCGUGUUCUUGGUAGCCUGGUCACACCACACAUCUGCACCGCCAGAUCACCUCAACAGAUCAUGGGCUCCUUGGUCAAAGACUUUUUUGCCAGACAACAGAAGCUGACCCCAGAUCAGAUUUUCCAUGUGGUGGUGGCUCCCUGCUUUGAUAAGAAGCUUGAAGCUGUGAGAGAGGCAUUCUACAACAGCAUCCUAGAGACCAGAGAUGUCGACUGUGUGCUUACGUCAGGAGAGAUUCUCCACUUAAUGGAACAAAGCAAAGUUACUGUAGAGGAAGUGGACUCUGCUCCUUUGGAUCAUGUAUUUGGUGAGACCAGUGACCCAGGUAUGACCAGGCAUGAAGGCCGUGGAUCCGAAGGCUUCCUGGAGCACAUUUUCAAACAUGCAGCCAAAGAGCUGUUUGGCCUAGACGUCCAAGAGAUUGUGUACAAGACACUCAGGAAUCGAGACUUCCAGGAGGUGGCGCUAGAACGUGAUGGAGAGACUCUGCUGCAGUUUGCUGCGGUUUAUGGCUUCCGGAACAUUCAGACUUUAGUGCACAGAAUGAGGAAAGGCAAAGUGCCCUACCACCUAGUAGAGGUGCUUUCCUGCCCCGGAGGCUGUUUAAGUGGGCGAGGACAAGCUGAGGGAGAGGGAGGUCGUCCUGACCGAGCAUUGGUCCAGCAAAUGGAAGAGCAUUAUAGCAGCUUACCUGUCCGACUGCCUGACACCAACCCAGAGGUCCAGCGCCUCUACCAGGACUGGCUGGACGGCCACGACUCCCCACAUGCACAGCAAUGCCUCCACACUCAGUACAAGAACCACACGCAGGCGCCCUCUCAGAUACUAAAUUCUGAUAUUCAGUGGUGAUUGGAAGUCAUUCACUGAUUUGUUCCCACGUUCCCAAGCUUGGCAUUAAAAGCACCAAUCAAGACUGACUGUUUGAUGCUAUCUUGGGCUCACACGGACUGCAAUGUGUCUGCAGUAAAAGAAAAGUUGAACAGAGGACCAAACAGGCUUCUUGUUCUAUGCAAUGAAUUGGAUUCUGCUUUACUAAUGAGAAAAUUUGCAUUCGUUAACUAGUUUUCUGGAACAUUCACUCACAUUACACCUAAAUGAUGUCAUGCAUGGUUGGGCAACCAGGCAUCACAUAAAAAGUGUUAUUAAAAGGACAAUAGCAAUAACACAAGGCAAAAAAAAAACUCUGGCUAUUAUUGAUAUUAAUUACUGGACCCUGUCAAUACACACUAAAGGAAAUGGUGAUAGCAUUUUGUGUAUGACUAUCACUAAGAUUCAACUUUAGAAAGUGCAAAACUAAUACAUAUUGGCGCAGUGAAUUAAACAAUACGCACCAUCAAUUAAAGCUUAAUUUUAAUUUAAUUUUUUUUUUUUUUAUAUAUACCCGUGCUACUUAUGACUGGUUUUGUGGUCCAGGGUCACAAAUGUGUGUUUAUAAAUCGUCUUUUGUUGACAUUAGCACCAACCUUUCUGUAUCUAGUAGUAAGAUUAUUGGUUUGAUUUUGUUGCAGUUUUCUAAUGAGACACUAGAUGGCAGAAUACACCACUACAUAUGGAUUGAUGGAUAGCCUCAAAUCCCUCACAUUGUGCCCAGUAUGUAUUGCAUGGAAGAAAGCAAAAAGCUGUCGCAGUAACAAUAAUAUUAAAAAUGAGUAGAUAAUUAUAAUAUCAGAAGUAAAUAAUGCAUACACACACAGAUAAAUAGAGAGAUAGAUAGUGCAAAAAAUGUUAUUGAAAUUAAUUGAGAAAUGCCUUAAAAUGCAGUUUAUUAUUGAAGAAGAAUUUGUAACAUUAAGAGUAAAUCUAAUUUCUCAAAUGAAGCAAUCUUGCCUUAUUGCACAAACAUGCAUGUCCUUCCUUGCUUGACCAAUUUUGAACCAGUGUAGUGAAUUCAGACACAUGUGAAGCCAAACACAGGAGAUAGUAUGACUUUAUUACUGAGUCUCUUGCUGUUCACACAAGAAUUUAAAAAGCAAAUGAUCAUACAGUGCUACAGAGAUGUUCUUUGAACUUUUAGUGUAUUUGAGUUUGACACUUGAAAGAGUGGAUCCCGUUUGUGAUUAAACGGUAACAAUAUUUAGGGUGUGAUUCUCAUAAGUUUGCUCAGGUAUGUUGACAGGCAGAUAAUCUCUGCAAGUGAAUCAGCAAAUCUUUAUCUUUUUUUAUGUCCUGAUGCAAUCCUGAAUUGAUCACAGAACUAUUAUGGAUAUUAUAGAGAAACAGUUUAGGACCUCAUGAACAGAAUAAUUAUUGUUGUUUAUAACGAUGUGUCCCUAUUUAAUGUACAAGCAGUGUAAAAUUCAGGCUUAAUAAAUAGGCCUAGCAUAAAAAUGUUUAAAGGUUUAACUGGUUUUAAAAGAUAAAACUAAAUUACAAUUAUGAAAAUGAAAAUUUUUAUUUUUAUUAAAUCAUUCAUAUUUAACAUUUUACAUUAGCCAGGGGGUGAAGUCAAGAGAAGAAAGAUACAAAAUUACAAUGAAACUAAUUUAAAUAAAAACAUGGAAAUGUUUACAUACAUUAAUACACUUAACAGCUUUCUUGUUUAUCAGAUUAUAAAUAGAUUUUGGGUAUUGUUUAAUUUCUGAUUUAAAAAAAAAAUAGAAAUAAUCGUUUAUAAUCACCUUACUUACAUUUAUAUAUACUAAACUUUACCAACAAAUUAAUUAAAUAAUAUUCCUUAUGGAAUGACAUGCCAUAAGUGAUAAAAUAAAAUCAAAACAAAGUUGAAAGUUGGGCAUAAUAUGAUCUCUAACAAACAAGCAGAAAAACCAAAAACUGGCUGAAUAAGGACAACUCCAGAACAAAUUAAAAAACGUUUCUGUGUGUAGACCACAAAAUGUACAAAGCAUGUUAAUAUCAGAGUUAAAUAUGUUUACAAGGAAGUAGUUACUGGGGUAAUUUUUAUAAAUGAGUUUGAAAGAAAUUUAUUUUACUUUAUUUGUUAUUAAAUAUUUAAUGAGGCAAUUUCUAAAAUGUAUGCAAUAUCAAACCAUAAUAGGAGGUCUAGAGACAAGAUACCUUUGAAAAAGGAAGAAAA